GAUUGAGUUUUCUUUAUGUUAGCGCGUACGUUUGCCCGUCAGUGAUACCCAGUUGCCCAUCAGCCGUUUUUCCCGUUGGAUGUUUGUUGGCCGCGGCCGCAAAACGGUUAAUACGCUGGCUGAACUUGGUACCGCGUUUUAGGGUUAAAGCAGCCAGCUAGCCACGCUAACGCUAGCUACUACCAGCGCCGCUGUGUGAGCCAACGUCUGGAAGGGCGGACGAGUUUGACGUUUUCUCCCCAAGUCUCCUCACAUUUCUGAGUUUAGUACAACGCCGUGCUCUCUCCUCGAAGCUAACCCACCCAGUCAACAUGGAGGGGACGCACUCUGCGCGAGCAUGAAGACGACGGCAAACGGCGAGUAAAGAGGAUUAAAAGCAACUCGGUCUUGAUGGGGAAAAGUUGAGCUGAGGAUUAACAACUUGGGAUAAACUGAAGAAAGGUUUCAAGUCUUACCUGUUGUACAAGGGCAUGCUAAGACCUCAGUAAUGGAGUCCACGGUUGUGAGUACGUCCACUCUGGCCCCCGAUGAGUUCGAUAGGAAUGUGCCGCGGAUCUGCGGCGUGUGUGGUGACAAAGCCACCGGCUUCCACUUCAACGCCAUGACCUGCGAGGGCUGCAAGGGUUUUUUCAGGCGCAGUAUGAAGCGCAAGGCCACCUUCACGUGUCCCUUUAACGGCAGUUGCACCAUCACCAAGGACAACAGGCGCCACUGCCAGGCAUGCCGGCUCAAACGCUGUGUGGACAUUGGCAUGAUGAAAGAGUUCAUUCUGACAGACGAGGAAGUACAGCGGAAGAAGGACCUGAUUCAACGGAGGAAGGACGAGGAGGCACAGCGCGAAGCAGAGAGGGAGGCGCGGCGGCCCCGGCUCACUGAAGAACAGAGUCAGGUCAUCACGACGCUGGUGGAGGCGCACCACAAAACAUAUGACGACUCCUAUUCUGACUUCUGUCGCUUCAGGCCUCCUGUGCGCGAGGGCCCAGUGACACGUAGCGCUAGUAGAGCCGCCUCUCUCCACUCUCUUUCUGAUGCCUCCUCUGACUCCUUCAGUCACUCUCCAGAGUCGGUAGACACCAAAAUGAACUUCAACAACCUGCUGAUGAUGUACCACGAACAGGGCAGCAGCCCUGACUCCAGCGAGGAGGAGGGCUCCAGCUUCUCUAUGCUGCCCCACCUGGCUGACCUGGUCUCCUAUAGCAUCCAGAAGGUCAUCGGCUUUGCCAAGAUGAUCCCUGGGUUCAGGGAGCUGACUGCAGAGGACCAGAUUGCUCUGCUCAAAUCCAGCGCCAUUGAGGUGAUCAUGCUGCGCUCGAAUCAGAGCUUCAACCUAGAAGACAUGUCCUGGAGCUGUGGUGGGCCUGACUUUAAAUACCAGAUCAGCGAUGUCACCAAAGCGGGCCACACUCUGGAGCUGCUGGAGCCGCUGGUGAAGUUCCAGGUGGGCUUGAAGAAGCUGAACCUGCGAGAGGAGGAACAUGUGCUGCUCAUGGCCAUCUGCUUGCUUUCUCCAGACCGCCCAGGUGUUCAGGAUCACGCACGGAUUGAAGCUCUCCAAGACCGACUGUCAGAGACCCUGCAGGCCUACAUCCAGCUUCACCACCCAGGAGGACGGCUGCUUUAUGCCAAGAUGAUCCAGAAGCUGGCCGACCUGCGCAGCCUCAAUGAGGAGCACUCCAAACAGUACCGCUCGCUCUCCUUCCAGCCGGAGCACAGCAUGCAGCUCACCCCGCUGGUGCUGGAGGUGUUCGGCAGCGAAGUCUCCUAGAGGCCGCCUCUGAGCCUCAGUGGUGGAGAGGAAGCCGGGGACAAGAGUCCUGGGUGUAAAAAUGGAGGGAGAGAGCCGAGGAUGUGCUGGAUGGACUAAACGGAGGUGUGGGGUAUGAAGUGAGCGGAAGAGAGAAAGUGGAGCGUGUGUGUGUGCGUGCAUGUGCGUGUGUGCACAUGUCGGGUGUAUGGUUUCAUGUGUGUCUUGUCUAAAGAUGUCUAUCUCGGUAUAAAGGCCAAGGUUGUAUGGAGAGCAAGCAGAUGCUAAGAGAGACAGUAAACAAGGAAACUUUAUAUAAUACAAAUUAAACCAUACAUACAACUUCUGCCUAUAUACAGUAUUUUGUCUGUAUUUAAAUCAACAAACAGCUGCUUCAAAUGCCUGGACAUUUUGUGUGUGUACGUGACGUGCACACGCCAACACAACAAGCAUACUCAGUUAUUCAUUUAGCCAUUCAGUUGAGCUACCUCUUGGUUUUACUGGGGUUGUUUUAUAUUUGCAUCACCUAUGUGAAACAGUCACUUUUACACAGAACAAGUUAGAUACAGUACGGAUGAUAUUUCAGUUUAUCAGAGCAACAGCAGUGCCUGCACAUUACUUUGAGUGUUUUAUGUUUCAGACAUCGUUUGUUUUUCAUCUGCUUCUCUCCAAGGCAGCAUAUAUGUAUGACUGUAUACAAAUCAAACACACGCCUUUCACCUUUCACCAAAGGUAUGGUCAGCAACUUUGUCAAAAAGCUUCCAGUAGCUAAAAAUAACCGCGCUGCUCCACGGAUCGUUUCACGCGUGCAGCCACUCGACAUGCUAGCAAAAUGUCUGACUAGCCUCACAGCCCAUGAAGGAAAAUGUCAUUGUUUAGGUUUACAGCAGAGUACAGAACAUAGUCUGUAAUUUUAGUGCGGUUUUGGUAGGACUUUGGGGUGCCUGGUUUUGAGGUGAGAAUUAGCCACUAAAUGUGUUAGCUACUUUUACACUGCUAACUGUCAAUCAAACCAAGCCUGCAUUAUGGCUUGUUACGCUCUUUUGAAAUUGUUUUUUCAUUAUUCUUCUCUUUUGUUUAAAUGUUUAUUUCCCUGUAAAUAGUUAAUUACUACCACAUGUAUCCUAAGCACUGUUAUACCACCUUUUACUCAAGCCUAUGUAUUGAUAUACAGUAUCUAUAUUCACAGAUUUUAAAGGGCUAAGAUGCCAAAUUUAACUGGAAUAGUAAAUUGAGGCCAAAGCAAGGGGCCUGUCUUGUUAAUAUAUAGCUGCAAACCAUACUUGGAAUAGAUAUGGAUGUAAUUUCAAUGGAUGCUUUUUGUUUUAUAUGUCAGUUCACCUUUAAAAACAAUUCCAUGAAUUGUUCCUCCUCAGUAUACCGUAAGCUCAGUGGGCAAAGAGCUUGGGAAGCUGCUUCAGACCUCCACAGAUAUCACACCCCUUUCAUUUCUGACAGGGAAGUGGAUUUUCUAGAAUGUCUGAGGGCCUGGUUGUGGUGGUGCGCACCUCAACACCCAGGCCCUCCUGUUUGAUGAUGUAUGCUGCGCAGCCCUCUAGUGGCUGCAUUGUGUAAAUACCAGGUACACACACACACACACACACACAGACACAUAUAUAUAUUUAUAUAUAUAUAUAUAUAUAUAUGUGUGUGUCUGUAUAAGGUAUGUCCACCGCUGUACAUAGGGCUACAUAGAUAUUUCUCAAGGCUAAUUUUUUUUUCAGAAAUAUAUAUGCAAAUACAAUAUUGGCCCUUUUUUUGUUCUUGAUUCAUUAUCACUAUGUUCUGAGACACUAUGCUCUUUGUUUUGACUUUGAUCAUGUUUUUUGGUAAGAAUGAGUUAGGAUUGUCUUAAACAGGGAUUGCUUGUUUAUUUGACUCAGUCAAAUUAUUCUUUGUUUAAUGGUGGGUUGAUGUAUUUGCCUAAUUUCCAAGGUUCAUUUUCAGAAAGACGACAAGCUAAACAUACCGUGCUGCUCUCUAUAAUAUAAGCCAUAUAGAUCACCAAGCUAGUCAUACACCUGAUACAUUACGUUACAUUGAAAUGAUGACUCCAGAGCCAUGGAUACUCUCGUUAUAUAAUCCUCCUAAACUCAUAUGCUAUUUAUCCAUGGCUUUUGGAAGAUAAGCUUGCAUAUGAAAGGAAUUCAUAUGCCUUCUCUCUGCUGUCAUCUUUGGCUUAUGCUUCAUCAGACAGCAUCUAAUGGCUUAUAAACCAAACUACCAAGAGAAUUUACAUGCCUAGGUUUAGAGGCCAGUGAUGUAUGGCUUGCUGCAUGUGGGAUUAUGGUGAAUAUAUAUGAGAAGACAUGUCUUUCAUAUCAAGACACUUCCCCAAAGAAGUCAAAUUUCUGUCAAGUUCACAUGAUUUGACUCAAAGGCAACUUGGCUUAAAGGAAAUCAUUAGCAGAGUUGUUUUUUAUCUUCUGUCUGCUGUGUGGCAGAAGACAUCGAUUAAAGCUGUUCUUGUGAUUGGCCGUACGGGCCUCCUAUGUCAGACCAAGAGCCUCCUUCUUCUCAGCAGACCGGGGCUACUCUGUGAUCUUAGAGGAAGAUGGUGAGAGAGAGCAUAUGUUUGUUAUUGAGCCGAACACGUUCUCACAACUGCUUUCUGAGAAGUCGUGGUGGCUGUUGCUUUAAUUGGUUCAGCCCACAUGGGUUUUUUUUUUUUUUUUUUUUUAAACCUACCAUUGAAUUUUAAGACCAUUCUCCGUCACUGUGGCUUUAUUCCAACUCGUCUUCAGUCACUGUGACAAUCUGCAAGCUGACAGUCGGGGAUGGACAUGUAGAUCUGCACAGCACAGAUAGUUACAUACUUUUGGAUGUUCCCGUAUUUAAGUAAUCAUAAUGAGUUUGGUUUUCUUCAUGUAAAUCAUUGGGAUAAUUUAUAUAUAAUAUAUAUAUAUAUAUAUAUAUAUAUUCCAUGUGUCCCACAAAUCUCCCUGCUCUGAUUGAACUUCAAGGAGCUGAGGCUCGAGUGUCUUUAGGCAGUACCACUCAUAUGUAUAGUAUGUCAGUUUGAUGAGGGGUAUGAUGUGCUUGGUUACUGAACACUGACUUUUAAAGUUUUGAAAAGUCACCGUGUUGAUUUUCUCUGAAUACAUACUUCUGUAUGUAGGUAUGGGUUUGAUUUUGUUCUCUUUUGUUUUUUGAGAUAGAGAUGCAGUGUUGAUUUGUGUAUGUUUAAUACAGUGGGAGGUUUGGUGAACAUGUAAGUGCCACGGGGAGAGUUCCCUCCACACAGGAACAGGGUAAAAGAGGAGUUGCUCUUGGGGAUAUGAAAACUGAACAGGAAGAGUCAUGAGGAUGUAUCGUCUAACCGCUAAUUGAACAAGUAGAUUUCGGUCAGUGCCGCAGGGGAAUUCUUACUUUAGGGUUAAUCCAAAAAAAAAAAAAAAAGGGAACCCCCUGUAACUCUUUUAUGACUGAAUAUAUGAUUAAAUGUUGUUUUUGGGACCUUUUUCCCUUUGAAUUCCCCACCCAUCUUACUGUACAUAACAUGCAAAUACAGUUAAAUCUAAAUAUGGUGCAUCCCCAGAGUUUCCUGUUUGGUUUUCACCAUGGUAGGCUGCUCAGAAUCCGUAAGUUUCAAACUCUGCAUUGUGGUUGUUAAAAUACUGGAACUUGAAAAACGUACGUCAGUGGAAAUCUACCACAAAUUAGAUGGCGCCAUCUUUCAUCUUUGGUGGGAUUUCCUCCAGAUCGGCAACAUAACACAGUAACAAUGCCUGCAAUACACAACUUAUGGUACACUAUCACCAGCAAGCUUUACAGGUUAUCAUGUUAGUAGACAUUUUUGAAGUCUUUUGUAUAACUGUUACCAUUACAAAUCCUGUCUGUAAGAACACAUGCUAUCAUUCAUAGAAAUCAGUAGGCCAUCUCCCAUGCAAAGGCUUUCAAGUCUUUCUCCUUUUUUUUCUUUUUUGUUCCUCCCAGUAGGACAGGGAUUGUAAUGGAAUCAACUUAAUGUAGUUCUUACAAAAAGGAGUGUCCACAAUGGAUGUACACCAUAAUCUACCUAAAAAACCUACCUCUUUUAGCUCAGAUUUUGCUUUAGCAUUAAGCAUUUGCCUCUGUUUUUACUUUUGUAAUAUUUGUAUUCAUGUUGGUAUUUAUUGCUGUCUAAUGAGUCAUACUUCAAUGAUUACCUCAGAGAUAUCUCACAGAUUUGGGAGACUCCAGCUAAUGAAGUCAUUCAUGGUUUUUUUUUCUUUUUUCUUUUUUUGUACAGUUUUUAUUUUUCUUCUCAGACUUAGCAUUGCCUUUUUUUAACGCACAAAAAUACCAGGAGUGUUUUUAAUAUAGUGCCUGCAAUCUGACCAACAGGGCUCAGACUGGCAAGGGUAAGGCUGCAUUUCCUCCAGAAAAGACAUCAUUCUCUGCAUCUUUGUCCUUUUGCCCUAUGCUUUGGAAUAUCUUGGUAAUUUUCAAUUGCAAUUCAUGUGGUUGCCAUGAUGCCGAUAUCCUCCUUAUCCAUGAUAGUUCUAAAGGGCAAACUGAAGGGGAGAACUUUGUGGAGUGAAUGCAGCUGCAAAGAAGGAACAACCAGAAAGACUUUGUGGCAGUAGGAGAAACGAGGGGUGUGUCUGCUCUCCUUUUGGUACUGUCAGCAUGGUCUUUGCUCUAUAGUACGCCAUCCUUGUCCCCCUCGUUUGCCAUUUCCUCCAUACCCUCUCUGUGUCUUCACCUCUCCUUCUGUCCUAAAGUCUGCCCCCGCACCUUCAUCAUUCCCUGCCGAUGUUUGGUCUAACAAGGGGAAUUAGGAGAAGUGAAAUCCUCAAUAUCCAUGCAAUGCUGCUUUUUAUCUCGAGCGUCACCCAAGUCGUGUGUUAUUGACACUACGUAAUGCAGGCAUCGUCCAAAACGUCGGCCCCCAGCGGCGCGACAAGCCUCAUUGGAAAAUCGUGUCUUUUGAAACGUACACAACUUAGUGGUGCUUAUUGGGGGGAGGAAAAAAAUCCUUUCAGAUCCUAGUAUCAUUAACAGAGCAACUACUCACUUUGGUGAAUUAAAAACCAAGUUUUUUUUCUAUUCAUGUCAAACUGCUUCAGGUAAACACUGAAUGAAAUAAGAGAGUUUUUAUUGAUCAGUGAAUACAAGGAGGAACAAGUCGCCAUGGUCACAUCUACCAUGAGCUGUGUGCCAUAGUAUGACCCUUUUUAUACAGGGGAGGGUGUUAAUGAAGCUGGCUUCAGAUGUUCCCCAGCUUAAUUUGAGUGGAAAGGUUGUCUGAGUAUGAGAUUGGCUGCUUACUUUGUACUCUGUCAGCCACGUGUAUUGAUCUUUUAGAAGGAGUAAAUUUGAAUUUGGCAUUGAAUUCUCACCCUGCAUUGUGAACCCAAAUCAUGCCACAUUCAAUGAAAAUGCCUGAACCAACAAAAGCACUUAAUGUAAUGUUUGUAACACAUGCAUACUGAUGAAUCUACUUGCCAUAAACUGCCUGUGUAGGUCAGCAUGAUAUGGCUCCAAUUAUCAAAAGAAAGUCACUUAAAUUCUAAUGUAAUUGCAAUUUAUCUUUUGUCUCAUUUUUUUCAAAGAUCUUUUUUCUAUUAUAAAUUGGUGUUUAUGUAAUGUUAUUUUUGUCAGAUGUUUUGCAAAUCAAAAAUAAACAGUUGU